AUGUCACCGGCCCAGUCUCACCAGCCGUCCGAGGUCAUGAUCUCCCACCAGCAUCCGGAUGCGUCGCCUCCCAGCAACCACACGACGAUCAUAGCCUGGUAUCUCUCCUUGCACACCUGCCUCCUCAUCGCUCUCGUGGCCAUCAAGCUGGGAUCUUUGUGGUGGAGCGUCUCCGACGGCGUCAAGGGACCGUCUCACACCAAUAAAGCCUCGCCUGACAAGCCGUCUGGUGCUCUAAAUGCCGUCCAACCGUCAUCCCGGGCCCCGAAAGUCCUGCUCGCAUGGGAGGCGUCAGAUCCGGUGCUUUGCAAGGGUGUAGUCCAGGGACGUGGGCCAUGCCAUCGUGGUCAUCUGCGGUUGGAGCUCGAUUUCGAUGAAGUGCAGACAUGUGAGAGCACACGCACAAGGACAAGGUCGGAGUCAGAGACGACGCCACAACCACGGCAGGGGCCAGAGCCAUCAUCUGAACCAACAUCAGUCCACCAGAGCCGCAAAUCCGAUGUCAGGAGCUUGCAUUUCGGAGUCGCUCCCCGACUAGUGCCCGUCCAGGAACUCGAUGGCGACAACGUCCUCAUGCCGUGCUCGAAGGAAAUCUCCAAAAGAAACGCCAGGCUUCGGGGCGGGACGGGCUCUCGAAGGACCCCGGACACAAAGGCGAAUUCAAAGACGGACGCAGGAGUAGACAGGGGAAUGGGGACAGAAAGUUACCCACCUACGGCUGAAACCGACCCAGAGACAGACACCGCCAGAAACAACGACUCAAGCCCCAGCGCGAAUACAAACAUCCACAUGAUCCAACACGACAACCACGACAACGACAAUCACACCCACCAUAUGACCGCAUACCUCCGCCUCGAAGACCACAUCGAGGAAGUACUCCGGGACUUUGACGAGCUCGAGCGCCACCGCACAGGCAGUCUGUUAAGAGACGCACUCACGCACAACGAAUGCGCACGGUUGAUCGCGCUGUAUCGGCAUCUGGAGAGGCGUUUGGAGGAGCAUAUGCGCGCACUGGGCGUGGAGGUGGAGGUCGAUCCGUCAGAGAUGCAGCUUGAUGGGAACGAGCAUAGAGACCAGGCUCCGCGUGAGAAUGAAGAUGACGUGCUGCGCAGGACGUGGGAGAGUUUGUAA